AUGGCCUCACUGAUUGCGAAGAAAAGCCCUGUGGCGGUCCAGGGUACCAAAGAGAUCUUGAAUUGGUCACUCGGCCACUCUGUGCGGGAUAGUCUGCGUUAUACCAGUGUGUGGAAUGGCGGAGCCUUGCAAACAGACGAUGUGCUAGUCGCGUUGCAAUCUGAAACUCACAAACGAAUGCCCACUUUUGAAAAGCUAUAG